AUGGUCAAACAUCCGUCGCCUCAUAUGAAGCGCGGAUCGAGCAUUGUAAAUUCGAGCUCGGUGGCUGCAUACAUGGGCAAUCCUCAGCUUCUGGACUAUAGUCCAACCAAGGGGGCAAUCACCACGUUCACGAGGAGCCUAGCGCAGCAGUUAGCGCCAAAGGGUAUCAGGGUAACUGCUGUUGCGCCUGGCAUUAUCUGGACUCCGCUUCAACCUGCUACGAAAGGGAACCCGCCUGAAGCCAUGAGUGCACUGGGGGUCGAGGAGGCACCACUGCAGCGACCUCGUAUGCCUGUCGAAUGGCCACAGCAUAUGUAUUUCUGGCAUCACCUUUGGGAUCUUACUUCACGGGUGAAACGGUUCAUGGCACGGGUGGACUGGAGAUGCAGGUGGUGA